AGUGCGGCGGAGUUUAUCAGCCGCUGGGGGUCGGGGCUAGCCAGCCUUUGGAGGAGCGCUCCUUCCCUCCCUCCCUCCCGUCUUCCUCCCUCCCUCCCUUCUUCCUCCCUCCUUCCCCCGCUAACCCUUCGGGGGUGGGGAAAAGUUAAGGCGUUAGAACAGCGUUAAGUUGUGGAGAGCGUCAGAGUUGCCAGGACUGGCGGGGAUGGCGUCAGGCAUCUCGCUUGCCGGGGUCUGAGAGGUAUACUUGAGGCUGGGCCGCUAGGCUGGGCCGUCGUGGUGCUUGGUUAAUUUCUCUCACCUGGUGGCUUCUGGAGUAUGCGGAGCUGCCUUUGCGUUGGUGGGAGGAGUCUCCGACCUCUCGUCGACCUCUACUCCUUCUGUUUCUAGAGCCAAGCUUUGAACUUGCAGCCCUGCGACAAAGCGCCGGCACCAGUCACCAGCCCAGUUCAAAUCUCUGUGAUUCCAAAACAGAUUUGUUGCAACACGCUCUUGGCAGUCCUAAACAAUUGAUCUUGGUGUACCGUGUUCCUGUUGUGAUCACAUCAUGGAAAAUCAGUUGGCUAAAUCAAGUGAAGAAAGAACAUUUCAGUACCAGGAUUCUCUUCCAUCACUGCCUGUUCCUUCACUUGAAGAAUCAUUAAAGAAAUACCUUGAAUCAGUAAAGCCAUUUGCAAAUGAAGAAGAAUAUAAGAAAACUGAAGCAAUUGUCCAAAAAUUUCAAAAUGGUAUUGGAGAAAAAUUGCAGCAGAAAUUACUUGAAAGGGCAAAAGAAAAAAGAAAUUGGCUGGAAGACUGGUGGCUAAAUGUUGCCUACCUGGAUGUUCGUAUACCAUCACAACUGCAUGUCAACUUUGGGGGUGCUGCAAGCCAUAUUGAACACUACUGGCCUCCAAAGGAAGGCACGCAAUUGGAAAGAGGAAGUAUAAGUCUUUGGCAUAUCUUGAACUACUGGCAGCUAUUAAGAAAAGAAAAAUUGCCUGUUCAUAAAGUUGGAAAUACUCCUCUAGAUAUGAAUCAAUUCCGAAUGCUGUUUUCCACCUGCAAGGUUCCAGGAAUUACUAGAGAUUCAGUUAUUAAUUAUUUUAGGACUGAGAGUGAAGGGCAUUGCCCAAGUCACAUUGCAGUGGUGUGUCGAGGCCGAGUUUUUGUGUUCGAUGUAAUGCAUGAAGGAUGUUUGAUGACCCCACCAGAGAUUCUCAGGCAAUUGACAUACAUCCAAAAGAAGUGCCAUAGUGAACCUGAUGGACCUGGAGUAGCAGCGUUAACUAGUGAGGAGCGAACUCGAUGGGCUAAGGCACGAGAAUAUUUGAUUAGUCUUAAUCCAGAGAACUUGACUAUGUUAGAAAAAAUUCAGAGCAGUUUACUGGUAUUUUGUUUAGAUGAUGGCAGUCCACACGUAACACCGGAAGAUUAUUCUCAGGUUGCUACAAAGGUUCUUACUGGAGAUCCAACAGUACGCUGGGGUGACAAAUCUUAUAACUUGAUUUCCUUUUCUAAUGGAGUAUUUGGCUGUAAUUGUGAUCAUGCUCCUUAUGAUGCAAUGGUUAUCGUAAACAUCAGCUAUUAUGUUGAUCAGAAAAUUUUUGAGAGUGAAGGAAGAUGGACGGGUUCAGAUAAAGUGCGGAAUAUACCACUUCCAGAGGAGCUUGUUUUCACUGUGGAUGAAAAAGUAUUAAAUGAUAUCAGUCAAGCUAAAGCCCAGUAUUUCAAGCAGGCAUCGGAUCUGCAGCUUUUGGUCUAUGCCUUUACGUCUUUUGGCAAAAAGCUAACCAAGAAGAAGAAGCUUCACCCUGAUACCUUUGUUCAGCUGGCACUUCAGCUGGCCUAUUAUAGACUUCAUGGACGCCCUGGUUGCUGCUAUGAAACAGCUAUGACAAGAUACUUUUAUCAUGGCCGUACAGAGACUGUGCGAUCAUGUACAGUAGAAGCAGUCAGAUGGUGCCAAUCCAUGCAGGAUCCUUCUACCAGUCUUUUUGAGCAGCAGCACAGGAUGUUAGAAGCUUUUGCAAAACAUAAUAAAAUGAUGAAAGAUUGUUCAACUGGAAAAGGAUUUGACCGUCAUUUGUUAGGUCUCUCACUCAUAGCAAAAGAGGAAUGUCUCCCUGUUCCAGAACUCUUUACAGACCCACUUUUCUCCAGAAGUGGAGGAGGUGGAAACUUCGUUCUCUCAACAAGUCUGAUUGGUUAUUUAAGAGUCCAGGGAGUGGUGGUUCCCAUGGUACACAAUGGAUAUGGAUUUUUCUAUCAUAUCAGAGAUGACAGGUUUAUUGUGGCCUGUACAGCCUGGAAAUCAUGUCCAGAGACUGAUGCAGAAAAGCUAGUUCAGCAGACUUUUCGUGCUUUCAGUGAUAUGAUGCAACUGAUGGACAUUGCUCGUCUUUAGAGACUAAUCAUUUAGUAAGCACUUAACAAAACAUAUCAUAAAACUGGAUGCCGGGAGUGGGUUGGUGAUGAGAUAGGAAGGGAUGUUGACUGAAGGAAACUUGUUGAAUGUAGAAAUUAGUAGAAUUAUGCUCUCUAAAUUUAUUCUGACAUAGAAAGUAGAAAUAUUUUUAAGCUUCCUGUGAUGCAGCAGCAAUGCAAAUUAUGACUAUAGAACUAUGCAAACUUGAAAGUUAGCCUCAACAAUGCAAAUCUACAGAUUUUAACAAUGCAAAUCUAACUUUUAAAUACCUUGUUGGUACCUGUAUAGGUAAUAAAUCUUCUCUCUGAACAUCAUCAUAGACUCUAUCUUUCAAGCACUUUAACAUUUUCUAGUUGCCAAAGGAUAUGAAAUACAUGAUUGGAUGCUAAUUCCCCUGAAAUCAAUGAUUCCACAUUCACCACAGGGAUAUAAGUCUACUAUGUUUGGGAAAGACCACUACAAUUUAGUCUAAAAAAAAGUUUAUGUUGAACAGAUAAAAGAAUUCGGUUGUAGUAAGGAGGUUUACACCCUCUGACAUACAUGAAAAACCCUAAAAAAAUUUAUUAUAGUAUAUUAUUAUAAUUAGUUUUGUGAAUAUGAAAUUAAAGCAUUUGUAUUUAAAAUCAGUGACUUUAAAAGGACUAAAUACUAAAUCAGA